GGUGGCCACAGGUUUGCUGAUCUGCGGGUGGAUUCCGGGAACUGAGAUCACCUGCUGUCUUACCCGCUCUCCUGCCUGCUGUGCCUGAUCACAGUCAUGCUGCCUGGGGGGCAGAAGAGGAAGCUCCACACCCUCUCAGAAGAGAAACGCCACCAGGACCGAGGUGGGACCCAGGCGCCAAAGGGUGCUCAGGCCCCGGCAACCAAGCAGGAAGCUUUCCCCUCCUCGUCCCCUCCUCCUUUUGGUGUUAUUACCCCUCAGGGAAAGCCUGGUGCUAGCUCCCGUAGCCCUCUCGACUGGCCUCAGAGAGCUCUACCCAGCACCACUACGUCUGCAGGUGUUUCUCGCACAAGAUCACGUGAAGGAGCCAACUGCAAAAUUGAGAAGAAACGAAGUUCCUGCGAGGCCCCACUCUCCAUUGUGCAGUCUCCAAGAGACCCUCUGAGCAAGAUGACGGGUAUGUUGGUGCAGUUCGUGAUGCACAUGUACAAAAGGAAAAAGCCCAUUAUGAAAGCAGAUAUGCUGAAGAUUGUCAAUAAAAAGUACAAAAAUCGCUUCCUUGAGAUCCUCCAAAGAGCUUCUUUCAGUAUGGAGGUGGUAUUUGGUGUUGACUUAAGGGAAGUAGAUUCUACCAAGCGUUCCUAUAUCCUUGUCAACAAAAUGGACCUUCCCAACAAUGGGACCGUGAACCGUGGCAGGGGCUUUCCCAAGACCGGUCUCCUAAUGAAUCUCCUGGGUGUGAUCUUCAUGAAGGGCAACUGCGCCACUGAGGAGGACAUCUGGAAAUUCCUGAAUAAGAUGAGGGUAUACGCUGGGAAGAGGCACUUCAUAUUUGGGGAGCCCAAGAAGCUCAUCACCCAAGAUUUGGUGAAGCUUAAGUACUUGGUAUACCAGCAGGUGCCCCACAGUGACCCUCCGUGCUAUGAAUUCCUGUGGGGCCCAAGAGCCCACGCUGAAACCAGCAAGAUGAAAGUCCUGGAGUUUUUGGCCAAGAUUAAUCAUACAGUCCCCAGUGCCUUCCAGUCUUGUUAUAAAGAGGCUUUGAAAGAAGAGGAAGAGAGAGCCCAAGCCACAGUUACACUAAGGGCUGACACCAGUGCCAUGGCCAGUGUAUGUUCCGGGCCAUGUCUAGCAGCUCCUCCCACAUCCAGUGAAGUUGAGGCAGAGAGCGGUCAGUGUUCCAAGUAGUGGAGGGCUGGGUGUGACUGAGGGAACACAGUGUAUAAUAUCUGUGUGUUCCUGUUCUA